AUGUUGCUGGCAGCGCCGCUGUCCCGCUAUAUGGGAUCGAUUCGAUCCCUCAGACAAAAAUGGCGAAGUCAUUCAGAGUCCCAGCAAGCAGCCGGUACACCCGUAUCUCUUGCCGAACGUUUACUCGAUGUGUUUCUACGAACCUGGGAUCUCGGUUUCAUUGCAUUCGGAGGACCCCCGGUUCAUUUCCAGAUUCUGCAUCGAAGAUUCGUAGAGGGAAAAGGGGGCAAGGAGAAAUGGGUCGAUGAACAGACGGUCAGUGUGAUCUCGUCGAGCUUCUUUGUGAAGCCGAGACCAGGGAUGAACCCCUUCAUCAGUACUAACUUUGAUAUCCAGUAUCAAGAGCUUUUCGCCAUCUGUCAAGGUCUGCCUGGACCUGGCAGUACCAAGAUGCUAUUCUGUCUCGUUCUGCUUCAUGCUGGAUUCAUUCCUGCGGUGAUGGCGUUUUUCAUCUGGUGUCUUCCUGGUGCAGCCGGCAUGUAUGCCAUCUCCUUGGGUAUUCAAAAUUUGAGCUCAACCUUGCCUCUACCCGUGUAUGCUCUUCUCUCGGGUCUCAAUGCUGCUACCGUCGGCAUUGUCGCGGUCUCGGCCGUACAGCUCGCAGACAAAGCCAUUAAAGAUCAAAUUGCGCGGAUUCUUAUCAUUUUUGGAGCAUGUGCCGGUCUGUGCUACAACGCGUUGUGGUACUUUCCCGUUCUGAUGGUGAUCGGUGGCCUCGCAAUUGUGACCUGGGAGGGUUGGCUCUAUGCGCAGGUUCAGAGGGCCAAGAGGGCAUGGCGAAAUAGACAUGCUCGCCCAAUCGAGCCAGAAGAUGCAGCACCAGACGAUAUGGAAUUGGAAUCAGCUGCGCCGGCCACCACUCAAGCAAACCAGCAGAUACGGUCCAGGAAGCCUGCUCCAGCUGCCAAUUCCUCGCAGCCUGCAGGGUUGGCGCAGCACUCGAUCCGGUCAGCGGAGAGUGAGCCCAGUAUACCACAAUACCAUCGGAUUCGUAUGCGCACUGGCGUCGCGAUCAUUGUCUUGUUCUUUGCUUCUUUUAUCGCCGUUCUUGUGGCACGGGGAAAACUAUCACCCCCACCGCUUGCAUUGGAUCUCUUUGCCAGCAUGUACCUGGCUGGCACGGUCAUCUUCGGUGGAGGUCCCGUGGUGAUCCCCCUUCUUCGCUCGUACGUUGUCGGUCCUGGAUGGGUCUCAAGUCGAGACUUUUUGAUCGGACUGGCCAUCAUCCAAGCGUUCCCAGGCCCCAACUUCAAUUUUGCAGUGUUCCUAGGCGCCCUGGCACUGCAGUACUCGCAAUAUCCCACCAUCUUGGGCGCCUUCUUGGGUGGACUGGGUAUUUUUUUCCCGGGAAUCACACUGGCCGUUGCAAUCCAAAGCUUCUGGCAUGACUUGCGCAAGCGACGAUCCGUCAUUCGAUUCCUGCGCGGUGUCAAUGCCACUGCCAUCGGGCUGGUAUUUACGGCCGUCUAUCGCCUCUGGCAGAUUGGGUACUUGACGGCGGAGGACAGUGCGGGACAAAGUCUUGGGAAUGAUCCGUGGUGGUUGGUUGUGACGACCAUUUCAUAUGCGGGGAAUGCAUGGUUUAAUGUGCCCCCGGCCAUUUCGAUUGUGAUCGGUGCGGUGCUGGGGCUGUGUUGGUAUGGAGCUGUUGGUCGUUAA